AUGAUUCUGAGAAGCCAACAAAGAAAACUACGAUUAGGGAUUCCUCCGGCAUUCCAGACAAUCGAUUUCCACGGGACAAGAGAUUAUCACCAAGAGACAUUGGAUUAUCUAAAGACAGCCGUGAAGAUCACGAAGAAGCUUUGUGAUCGAGUUAAUUUGAUACAAGCGUUAAUCAAAUGGUUGGAGGAAGAGUCAUCCAGCAAAUUCUAAGGAGGAAGCUUCACUCCCAAUCUGUUGUGAGACUCUUUUAGUCUUAAAUCUUUUCUUUCUUCUGUUAUUCUAUUUUGAUUUGUGUUCGGGAUUUUUUCACUCGUUAUGUAUGAUUUCAGCUGGGGAUCUAUUUUAAUUUUUAAGAGAGGAUUCUCAUGAUUCUUUGUUAUUUGGGUUCUUCUAUUUGCAUUGGCUAAUUGUUUCAUUUAUUUUUAUUUUUAUUGUAUCAAUUUAAGUAAGAAAAAAAAGUUACAAUACAAAAAAAAUUAUAACAAUUGUGUGAUUGUGUUACUAAAUGUGACGGUUUGUGAUAAUAUUGUGGUCACUAAUUGUGUUAUUUUUGUGAUUAUAAUUUAGUCACUAGUUAUGACAAAUUUUGUGAUAUUAUUUUUGUUAUAAUUUAUAGCAGAUCAGUGACAUAAAUAUAGUAAGAAUUUGUUAUAAA